CAACUCCACUCCGUUAGCUCCUGAGGACAGGCUCCGUGAGGCUUUUUAAUUAUAUGCUGUUAUAAGAAGCAAAUAGCAAAUGCUGAACAGUAAAAGUUAGCAUAUCUUCUUUUUUUUGUAGAAGAAAUGAAAGUUUAAAGGCUAAAUAGCUGCAGCAAACACUAGCUGGCAUGCUAAUGUAGCAAAACAUUGUGUUAGUGUGAUGAUGACAGAUGAAGAGGUGACCACACUGGCGUAUUCAAAAAGCCCCAAAACAGUAAAAAGAACAACAUUUCAGGAUGAACUUCAGGCAGCUGUGGUCUCCAGGGCAAGCAGAGCAAAUGCAGAACAAAUCUCUCAUUGUAAUAACAUUGAUGAUGAAGAAGACGAUUUUUUGGACAAAUUCCUCAAUUCAAGAAAAAAGAGGAACGCGUUCAAGGCUGGAAAGAGUAAAGCAAAACUUCACACCUUCAACCUUUCAGAUGAGGACGAAGACAAACUUAGCAGGCCAAAGAAAGUUUCCUUCCUGAAAUCCCAAAGAAGCAGCGGCUCUGACUCAAAAGACAAAGCAGCUUCAGAGUCGCAUGAAAACAAGUCUUCUGUAGUUGGACAUGACAACAAUCAUGGCUCUUUUUCCUCCCAGCGCUCCAUAAAAGUCAGUGAAGAUAAAACCCAGGAUGAAACCAGGAGUAUAGAGCCUGCUGAUCCUCAGCUUCCAGAAAAGACCUCAAGUCAGUCAUAUCAAACAUCAGACGAUACUCUGCCUUUACCUCCGCUGUCUGACGGCAGCAUAGAGGAAGCGUCACGUCCAGAGGAGCAGAAGAUAAAUUCUGUGUUGGGAGAAACCUUUGAGGUUCCCUCAACAUCUCCCCUUCACAACACUACUUCAGCUGAGAGAGAGCCACCAAGACCCAAACCUCGACAAAGGACUCUCAGAUUAAAACCAUGUGUUACAGAAAUGCCAGCCGAAGAAACUGCAUCUCAGGAUUUAAACUGGCCCCAGAUGUCUUCUGCGUCGGCCCCCCUGCCCACUGAUACAUCCAGCAAUAUUGAUUGGACAGAUGGAGAUCACCCCGUUUCACCCGGUCUCAGCAAGUCCUCUUCAAAUAAGAGUGAACAGUCACAACUUUUGACUAAAUCCACAUUGGAUUCAAGCUCCAGAGAUGCCUUUAUAUCUGAUGACAGCAAAGAGGCAGAGAAAAACUACUCAUCGUUUGAAGAAUUUAGUGGAUGCUCAAGAGAAAUCUCAAAUCAACUCUCCCAAACCCCUGAUAAAUCACUGGACACCAUGGCAUCUACUCCUCACUCUAAAACCAGCAAGAGGGCUCACAGUGUGUGCUCCAAAAAGGUGGAAUCAAGGUACUUAGGGACUCUCAAAAUUCUGGACCGUAAAGUCUCCCUACAGGAGUCUGAGCCACAAGCGGCAGAAUCGCUCAGGGCAGCUGUUUAUCAGGUCAGAGAAUGGCUGAAAAAGAAAAGAGAAACAACUAGACAAAUCAAAGAGCUGAAGAAGAAAGAGCAGCUUUUAAAAGAAAAAGAAAAGCAGGAAGAAGAGUCUAAAAAGGAAGACGCCGUCGCCUCCUAUGAAGCUUGGAAAGAAAAAAAAGCAGAAAGCCUCAGAGCGAAGGCAAAAGAAAGGAAUGAAAGGAUUAGAAAAGAGCAACAAGCAACUGAAGAGAAACAAGAGAAAAGACAGUCUGCUAAACAG